AUGCUGUUGGGCGGAGCAGCAGAUGCAAUUGGAUAUUACCACGGCGCUUGGGAGUUUCAACAGUCUAGUGUGAAAAUUCAUCGAGACGCCAAAAAGAUGGGUGGCAUAGCUGCUCUGGAUGUCCGACAGCCAAAGUGGAUUGUCUCUGAUGACACUGUUAUGCACCUAGCUACAGCUGAAGCCAUUGUUGAAUAUGGAAAGUUGGGAAUAGAUGAUUUAAAGAAGUUGUACUUAAUAGUAGCCAAGCAUUAUGUUGUAUGCAUGACUGACAUGACGGGUAGAGCACCAGGUUUAACAUGCUGCAUCGGGGCCGCACAUUUGAAACCAGAUGAACCUGACGGAUAUAUAAUCAAUUUUGAUUCUAGUGGCGGUGGAUGUGGAGCGGCCAUGAGAACCAUGUGUGUUGGCAUGUACUUUCCAAAGCCUGAGCAGUUGGAAUCCUUGGUAGCUGUGAGCAUAGAAUGCGCUCGCAUGACUCACAACCACCCAACUGGAUAUCUGGGAUCGCUAGCAACGGCAUUGUUCACUAGCUACGCCAUUCAAGCCAAGGCUCUGAACUCAUGGGGUGCCGGUUUGAUAGAAACGUUAAAUCUCGCUUGGCAGUAUGUUAAAAAUGAAGGAAGAGAUGUCGAAAAAAACGAAGCAAAUUUAAGUUACUUUAGGAACGCUUGGACUAAGUAUUUGAACUUGCGCGGCAUAGCUGACGGCAAAUCAUCACCAGUAUUUCCAGAAAACUUUGGCGUCGAAGAGAGAGAUGAAUUUUACAAAAAGAUCAGCUACAAUGGAAGAGGUGGAGCCUCUGGACACGAUGCUCCAAUGAUAGCGUAUGACGCGUUGUUAGCCUCGGGAAGCAGCUGGAAAGAACUAUCCGACAGAGCAUUGUUUCACGGCGGUGAUAAUGACAGCACAGGUCACAUAGCAGGUGUAUGGUAUGGCAUCUUGUAUGGAAUAAGGGACGUUCCUGUUGUAAAUUAUCAGAACGUGGAGUACAGAAACCGCCUGGAAGCAGCUGGAGAGAAUAUUUUUAAUUUGGUUGAAAAUUUGUUUGAUUAA